AUGCAGCGGGGACCCAGACCCUCACCCAGACCGCCACAAACACCCGCCACAGAAGCCGACAACAACCCUGACAACGCCGUCAUCGACCUCGAGAUUCAAGAUGAUCCAGGCCGCUCGUGGAUACCAGAAGCACCACCGCAGACCUUUGAGGAACUAUUGCAAGCUUUGACCAAGGUCGUACACAACUUGCUGCAAGCGUCCUUUGCCCAACCCAGCGAGGCAGUAACGAGCCUUGCGUACCGAGCUUGCAGCUACCUCACCCAGAUGCAGGCUCUCUUCUACCAGCAGAACCCGCAGGGGGAAACCCCACAAAGGAAUGCAGCACAGGGAACUGAUCCCACUGCGAUAGUCUUCGCCCUUGAUAACCCGCUGAUCGAGGUCGAGGCCACGUUGGCCCACAUGGCGCAGAACCACGGCGACUUUCCCCGAAGACACCUCUACCACGAGAUCGCCAGGGUGGAGCAGCUACUCAAGGAGGCCAAGCAGGUCCUGGUUACCUGGGGAAGAGACCCAGAUGCCCCCGGUGCACAUGAAGGCACAGCCAGUAUUCGAAAUGCACUCGAUGCGCUAGACUGGAGCCAUCUGGCAGUGGAAGAAGGAAGUAUAGUGCAAAUAGGGGAGACCCUUCAGCAAGCGCUGGGCGCUGUACAGCGAUGCAGAGGAUACAUGGAGACGUUGAUGAAGUGGUUGCAAGCGAAAUUUGAAGACACCAGUGGCAGCCCAGUAAAAAAGCGAAGGAUGGGAGAUGGCAAUGAGCGGGCCUCGGGGAGCAAUCAAAGCCCCGUCUUUGACCUCCCACAUACCCAACACCAUGACGCGACAGCUCCUGUACGGCAUCCUCCUGAACCCCAUCCUCGCCAAGGUGUUCCUGCAGGGCAAGAUUCAGGAGUACCUCAAGCAAGUGGAGCUUCGAUAGCAAGGGAGGCAACCCCCUACGCCAUUCUUCGAGCACAAGAAAUCCUGAGGGAAGCCAUGCCCUUUGCCGAGCAAGAGCUGGCCCACUUCCUGGCGGAGGCCCACGCACACCUUGCAGGAUGGACGCAAUCUUUGUGGGGACACCCAGUUCGACUAGUACCUGCACCAGACCACAGGGGCUGUGAAGCCACUCAGACGCAGCUAGAGCAAAGUGGGGACGUUACCCCAAUGAGCCAAGCGGACACAGUCAUCUGCCAACCUGUAUUGCCACGGGGAAGAACCCCAACCACGACAAUGCGGAGAACAAGAGCUCCAUCACACCGAAGACGACGGCUACAAGCGGCGCUUGCUGAUACCAGCGAGAGCGACGAGGGCGAAGAUGAUGAGAGCUGA